AUGUACUACUACUGGGCACAUGUUUAUCAUUCUAAGGGAAAAUAUGAAGAAGCAAUUACAUAUUGUCAAUGGGCUCGACUGUUAGAGCGACGCAGUUUGCCACAGUCGAAUAUGGCCUAUGCUCGUGCAUUGGACUGUUUAGGCGCAAUAUAUUUAGAAUUUGGAAAUCGAGCACGAGCAUUAUAUUUUCAUGCACGAACCUCAGCAAUCUACCAUAGAAGCUUACCUAAAAACCAUUAUAUUUUCGGCUUUCAUUUUAAUCAUCUCGUAGAACUUUACUGGCAGAAUAGACAAUAUGAGUCUGCACUUCAGUUACUCACGAACACAUUGACAUUCAUCAAAAAGGCGUUGCCACCUGAUUACCCGUGUGAAGCACAAGCAUUACACGUUACUGGUUUAGUGCAUCGUUCAUUAAACAAUCGAGGGCAAGUAAUUGACUAUUUUAAACAGUCGCUGCAAAUGCGUGUAUCCUUUCAAGGUAAUGACCAUCCAUAUGUUGCUCGAACAUUCCGUCAAGUAGAAAAAACAAGAAUUCUGAUAUAA